CCCUGGUUAUUGGCUGAUCUGCUUUUAUGGCACCGCGUCCAGUCAUUGGCACCAUAAGCCCAGCAUUGGUGCCAUAAGCUUCUAUGGUGGGCUUAUGGCACCAUUUUUUGGUUAUCGGUGCCAUUUUUUGGAUAUCGGUGCCAAAGUUGUUAUCGGCACCGUAAGAGAGCCACCCUUACGAUAGAUGGGAACUGGUUUCUGAGCAAACUGAACUGCACUUGAUUGGACGACGACCUCAAUGAUUGGCUGCCUGGGUCAAUCUCGCAUGCGUCCGGCGGAGGAAUACCAAGCAACCCACAGCAGUAUCAGAAAGCGUGAUUUCUCCAAUCACUUUGGUACCCCCAUAGAACUAGGUUGUUGUCGCAUUGCAGCUUGUACUUGAUUUUUGCCACUAUGUUCAGCAUGGGCUCCCAAACGUAAGAAGCCUACAUCCGAGGAGGGGGCUACUAAAGAGGAGGAAAGCUAUAACUAUGGAGACAAAAUAUUACAUAAUUAAGCGUUCUGAAAAAGGCGAGACAAAUACUGAAAUUGGCCGUGCCCUUGGAUUGAACAGAACUACAGUUCAGUCUAUAGUCAAGGAUAAAGAACGUAUUUUGCAACACAUGGAAUGUGGUGCUUCUAUGAAGGCUGUCACUACUCAAGGUGCUACUACUAGAAUAGGCAAACAACAUAAUCCCAAUCUUGUGGCUAUGGAGAAGUUAUUGUUGGUCUGGCUCGAAGACCAAAUCCAACGACACGUUCCAGUGGGUAUUGCUUUGAUUCAGGAGAAGGCUAGGGAAUUGUACGAGGCAGUGGUGGAGAAGCAAGGGGAAGGUAGCGCAACCGAAUCGUUUGCAGCCAGUAGAGGCUGGUUUAAUCGUUUCAAGGUCCGUGCAAAUUUGCACAACCUUAAGUUGCAGGGUGAGGUCGCUAGUGCCGACGAGGAAGCAGCAGAAAGAUUUCCUGGUUGUCUUGCUGAAAUCAUCAGGGAAGGAGGCUAUACUGCUGAUCAGGUUUUCAGUGUGGAGGAGACAGGUUUAUUUUGGAAACGUAUGCCUAGUCGUACCUACAUAUCCAAGGAGGAGAAGACGGCACCGGGCCAUAAAGUCAGUAAGGAGAGACUGACUUUGCUUCUUGGAGCAAUGCCAGUGGUUGACUUCAAGCUGAAGCCCCUGUUAGUGUAUUUGGCUGAAAACAAAAUCCAAGGGCACUUAAUGGAAUUUUUUCAGCCUCAGCUCCCUGUAAUUUGGAAGGCUAAACAAGAAGCCUGGGUCACUGAUGGUAUCUUUGAGGAAUGGUUUAAUGAUCACUUUGUACCAUCAGCUAAGAAGCAUUUGGAGGAGAAGGGUCAGGAAUUUAAGGUCCUGCUGGUGUUGAACACUGGCCCUGGUUACCCUAUUAAUUUGGGUGAGGUUUAUCCCGAAGUGGAAGUAGUCUACCUUCCACCGAAUACUACGUCGCUUCUGCAACCGAUGGGCCUGGGAGUCAUUGGUAGCUUCAAGGCUUACUACACCAGGAGGACAUUUCGCCAUGUCCUCAGUGUCACUGAAAAUAGUGGUGGCAAGUUGGAUGUCAGGCAAGUCUGGAAGACUUACAGUAUUUUAGAUGCUAUUAAGAACAUCGCAGCUGCUUGGAAUGAAGUCAAGAAAUCCAAUUUGAAUGGGGCCUGGAAGAAACUGUGUCCAAAUUUUGUGAUGAACUUUACAGAGUUUGAGAAGGGAGAGUCUCUCGAUGCCGUGAGAAGGAACAUCGUUCAGUAUAGCGAGAGGCUCAAUUUGGGGGUGGAAGCCGAGGACGUGAACGAGCUGCUGGAAUCCCACGGAGAGGAGUUGUCGGCCGAGGACCUCAUCGAGCUGGAGAAGCAGAUGAUCAGGGAGGAGGAGGAAGAGGCCCCAGCCCCAAAGCCCCCCAGGGCAUUAAAUGCUAAGAUUUUGUUACAAGGUUCACAAAGUAUGAGAGAUCAGGGGGAUGCUAUAACCUUUUACAAGGAGACUGUGAAGAAGAAGCAGAUGAGAGAAAGCAUGCAAGCUCAACUAGAGAAUUUUGACUUCAAGAGCAAGUCUCCAGCACCACCUGCCAUUCUUAACCCAGAAGAAAUGUCCUAUCCUGAUUCCACUACACCUGAAAUAGUAGUAUUAUCUCCACCAACCUCUCCUGGAAUGUCUCUGCAGCAACCAUACCGAGCUGAACAGGCACAAAUGGAACAAGUUGAUUGGACUCCAGUCUCACCUCACAAUUCCACAAAUAUCUAUGAACGAAGAACUUGACUUCAAGAAAGACCUGCAUUUAUGUUGAAAUUUGUAGAAUGUAGCGCUUAUCACCUGUGUCAACAGUUGCCUGUGGCUUGAUGAAAUGGUCCUGCCAAACAAAUCUUGGGAAGGGUCAUACUGCUUUGACUUGGAGAGAUUGCAAACAUUACCUUUUUUGACUACUGAAACUAUGUUAGUGUUAAGUUUACAGUAGCCAUGUACAAGAGUGUUAGUUUAUCAAGGUCAUAGCAGUUCCUAUUGACCCAAAGUCGGGUCGAGGUCAGCUUUGCUACUUGUAAUUUUCAAGUAGGAGCCUACAUUAUGUGAGGUCUUUUACUGUGAUUCAGGAGAUACUAUAUUUUUUCUCUGAAACUUGCUGCUGGUUUAAUAUUUCAGGAGAAAUAUCUCCAUUUUUAUUACUUCUCAGUUGAAUGUUGUUAUCAGGUACCUCAGUAUUAUGCAGGAUGUAUAGACUUACUUUAUACCUAAAGUUCAUGUCAGCUAAAUUUAAACUGAUUAGCAUUUACGGGUACCUUAGAGUUUUUAUAAGUUUAUUGUCGGGCAAAAUAUAGCUCAGUAUGUUUCAGGAUCCUUAGUUGUCUUGCUAAGAAGUCUUACCACUUUAAGACCAGCUGUCAGUUAGUGCAGCACGUUUCAGGAUGUACAUAGUUUGUUUUCCACUUAAAUUUCUCUGUUAGCUAUUUAGUAGUGCAGUGUUUCAGAAUAUAUACUGUAUAUUGAUCACUUACUUUCUUCUCAGUUAAACAAUAGCUACGUGUUACUACCUCAGUAGUAUAAUUCAGGCCACAGUCUUUUCUAUGUAGUAAUAUAACUUUAACAUGUCAAAUACCUCAGCACAUUUUAGGACAGUUCUAUUUCCAUAUCUUACUAGUUCAAAAUGACUGUAGGUAUAGUAAUCAGUUUUAGGAUACGUAUUACAUAGUUUUUUAAAAUGAACUCCUUAUAUAUUUAAUAUUAGCUAUCAAGUAGUUCUGUAUGUUUCGAGAUGCAUAUUUCACUUUAACUGGAAUCUAGUGUCAGUCUGAUGUCAAUCAAAAGUAGCUCAGUGUAUCUGGAUAUCUAUUUGGGUAAUUCAAUUUUCUUGUGAAGUGCGAAUUAUCUAUCUGGCAACUUUCAAGAUAUGUGCUUGUUUUACAUAGGAUUCUUAGCAGUUUAAAUUUAGCCAUAAAAAAUCUCAAUUGUUUUCAGGAUAGUACAUAGACUUUGUUGUGUUUAUCAAAAUAUCUUAGUCAAAUAUUAAUUCGAGUUUGUUCCGAUACGUAAUACAAACCAUCGGUCCUUUAACAAUAGGAAGUAGCUAGCGGCAGCUGGAACGGUCGUAAGCUUCGAACAAGGGGAGAACGGUAGUUAACUGCUUGUCCGAUCGUCGCGCGCCGCGCGACUGGGAGGUAAACAAAUCACUUUUGCUUUCGGCCGUGUGAGGAUAGGACGUGCUCGUCAUCGCUCUGCCCGCUUUGUCGUUUGCUUUGAGUAUCAGCCCUCUUUUUCCUAGUGUGAUUGAGAGUAUAUGUUUUGUAAGUACUUUGACAUUUCUUUUUUUCAUCGAAUAAUGAGUGAUCAAGAAAUGGAGAU